AUGACUGGAGCCGGGGGCACAAAGCGGGCCCCGUCCCCCAAUGGUGCUAUAUCUCCGCCUCCGCUCAAACGGAAAGUCGAACCAACGGUAACGAAGAAAGCCAUGUCCUCGUUCUUCACGCCCACGUCCCAGAAAAAGCCCGAGCAACUCUCCUGGCGGAUUGUGAACAAUAGCCUGGUCAUUGGCAAAUAUUCCAAAGAAUCGGGACCUAAAAAGGAGUAUCCGGCAAAGCCAAAGAUCGCUGCAUUUGAUUUCGACUCGACUUUGGUCUCAACCGCCUCGGGGAACACAUUCCCGAGAAACUCUUCGGAUUGGAAGUGGUGGCAUUCUUGCGUGCCUUCUCGCCUCAAAGAGCUGGACGCCGAUGGGUAUGUGAUAGCGGCAUACCAAGUGAUCAUUGUCUCCAACCAAAAAAAGAUCAGUCUACAAAAAGAGAUGAAAGCCGGGAAGGGCGAUUCUAAAAGCCUGACCAAUUUUAAAGAACGAGUCGCAGCCGUUAUGAAGCAGCUGGAUCUCCCUUUGAGUGUUUACGCCGCUACUCAGGAUGACGGGUACCGGAAACCGAGGAGUGGGAUGUGGAACGAGUUCUUAGAUGACUAUGACUUCGACGUGGCUGGAGUCGAUCUGGCCGGGUCUGUCUUUGUGGGAGAUGCCGCCGGCAGACCGCGAGACCAUUCCCAAGUAGACCGGGGAUUCGCAGCGAACAUCGGGGUGCCAUUCAAGACGCCCGAAGAGUUUUUCCUCGACGCUGACCCAGAGCCACUUGUGGAACCUUUUAACCCGUCUUCAUAUCUUCAGAAUAACGACGAUGACGCGCCUGCCCCUUUCUCGCGCCAAAGUCCCCUCGAACUUGUCAUCUUCUGCGGGAGUCCCGGAGCGGGCAAAUCGACCUUUUACUGGGAUUACCUAGAGCCAUUGGGAUAUGAACGAGUGAACCAGGACAUUCUCAAGACGCGACCAAAAUGCAUCAAAGCAGCUAAGGAAUACCUUGCGGCCAAAAAGUCCGUGGUAGUUGACAAUACCAAUGCAGACCCAGAAACCCGAGGCCACUGGGUCGAAGUCGCAAAGGAAUUCAACGUUCCAAUCCGUUGCGUGUAUUUCUCUGCGUCCCCGGACCUCUGCCGGCAUAACAAUGCUGUCCGAGCAGCAAAUCAAGACCUGAACCCGGAAUCUCGCACCCUCCUUCCAGGGAUCGCGUUUGGAGACUUUCUUCGCCGAUUCAAGGAGCCGGCUCUGUCGGAAGGCCUCACCGAUAUUGUUCGGGUCGACUUUCGCUUCCGAGGCAAUGCCGAUGCCAAACGAGUGUGGGGCCAGUACUGGAUCUGA